AAAUUUAGAUGAAUGACACCAAGAAUUUCCCCAACGAAAAGGCAAAAAAGAUAUGACCAAACGCAAGACGACAACACACUUAAAGCAAAACCUAACAACUAAAUAAAAAGAAAGAAAGUAAAACUACUUGUCGUAAGCUAAGCCCCAAACAAACGAAACAUACUCAUGGAUCGGAUCGGAUCGGAUCUGAUAGGGUCGGGUCGGGUCCUUUGAUCUUCCCCUGGUUGACACCACAUGCCGGCUUUUACUUACUAUUGCACUCUCGAGAGAGAACGCAAAGAGAAUUUGGAAAUGGAAGUUCGUGUUCGUUCGAUGGAAUCCGUGAAGUGAGGAUCAAAAAGAAAAACCAUAGCAAAGAGAAUUUUGCGGAGAACGCAAAUCGGAGUUUUUUGGAUUUUGAAGUCCAAUUUGAAAUUGUGGGGGUUCCUAGUCAAUGCUUUUGGACUCCCAACUUCAUAUUUCUGCAAUGGAAGGUAUAUCACCAGACCAGGAAUCAGUGGGUUCUGGAACAAAAAGGUCUAGUGUAUCAACAGGAAGCAAGUCUAGAUACCGGAAGGAGUUUCUUAACAGAUUUUCAGACAGUGAGAUCUUCACAGCUAAACUUGAGGAUUGGUUCGAAGAAAUAUCAGAGAGUUCUAGAACCAAAAAGUCUGUUUUUGAUGUGCCAUUUGAGUUGAUUGAUUUACAGAAGUUUGACUAUGCACUAGAAGGGAUUUCAUUUCAGCAGCUGAUUCGAAUGCCCAGCCCUAUAUAUGCUUCUGCCUCUGAUGGCGUGGAAGCAACUGCUUAUCUUGCUGUUGAAGAUUUUCUUCAUGCAAGUGUGAAAGGUUUGUGGGAGGCAUUUUGGAGUCAAGAUCAGCCCAUGCCUUUUAAUGUUGGCUGCUUAUACAGGGAUAAUUUAAAAUUUUACCAGGCUGAGAAGGCAAUUGCUAGUGGGAAGAUUGAAGGUCUUUCUGCCACUGGCAUAUUGCUAAAGAAUCAUAGACAUCCUCACGGGAAGUGGGACCAAAUUCUUACUCUUGCUGUACUUAGUUCUGAUAUUGGAAAUCUCACUGUGGAUCGUGAGAGCUGCCCUUCUCUGUCUAUUUUAGGUGAGGCCCUUUUUUAUGCUAUCCGAUUGCUAUUGUCAAGAAGCUUGAGCAAAUCAAACUAUUCACCAAGUUUGAGCUCUGUCUUUGUUCUUCUUGUUGAUUCACGGUAUGGAGGAGUUGUGAAAGUUGAAGGAGAUUUAAGUAGAUUGGAGUUUGACCUGAAUAAUGUGUAUGAAUGUGCUGCUAAAUGGAUAAAAGGAUAUGCUACAAUAUCAGUUUCUCCAAUUGAUAGGAUCUGGAACGAGCUUGGAAAUGCAAACUGGGGAGAUAUUGGGGCAUUACAGAUGCUUUUUGCAACCUUCCAUUGUAUUGUUCAAUUUGCAGGAGUUCCCAGGCACUCCAUUGAAGAUCUAGCUGCGGAUCAUAGUUCUCGUUUGCAAACUAGAAGAGUGGAGAGGCAGUUGGGAGAUGUCAGAGUGAAUGGAAAUGGCUUGUUUAGGUUUCAACAACAAAGUGUUUCUCCUGAAAUUGUUGAAGUUCAAGAAGAUUCAAUCAAAUUUAAGUCCGAAGAGAUAGUAAAGUUGGAAGUAGGAUCCGUGCUGUGGUUGGAGGAUUCAAACCGGCAAAAAGGUUAUCAGAUUAAUGAACUCCUGACUACUGGGGAGCUUCAAUUUUAUAUAGCUUCUCCUGUCGAAGAACCUGGAAAGAGUCUGUUUCUUUACGUUGGAUCUCGAAUUUCUCAGCUAGAAGCAUGGGAAGAUAUGAACUUGUGGUAUCAAGUGCAGAGACAGACCAGGGUGCUAACUGUAAUGAAACAGAAAGGUCUAUCUAGCAAGUACCUACCUCAGUUAAGUGCAUCUGGGAGGAUCAUUCAUCCCGGUCAGUGUCGUAGACCUAGCUCAGGUGGCAACUGUGACCACCCUUGGUGUGGCACGCCCAUUCUUGUUACCAGCCCAGUUGGUGAAACGAUAGCUGACAUGGUAAAUGGAGGUAGAUUUAAUUCUGAAGAAGCAUUAAAGUGCUGCCAUGACUGCUUGUCUGCACUCUCAGCUGCAGCUUCAGCUGGAAUUCGUCAUGGUGACAUCAGGCCGGAGAAUGUGGUUUGUGUGAGAUCUGGUGUAAGACGGCCUUAUUUUGUUCUUAUUGGCUGGGGACAUGCAAUUCUUGAAGACAGGGACCGUCCUGCUUUGAAUCUUCACUUCUCAUCCACCUUUGCACUACAAGAGGGGAAACUCUGCUCGGCCUCAGAUGCAGAAAGCCUAGUUUAUAUGCUCUAUUAUGCCACUGGUGGUGCUUUUCCUGAUCUGGAUUCUGUUGAGGGGGCGUUAUUGUGGAGAGAGACCUCUUGGUCUAGGAGAUUAAUCCAGCAGAAGCUUGGUGAUAUGUCUACGGUUCUGAAAGCAUUUGCCGACUAUGUGGAUAGUCUAUGUGGAACACCAUAUCCAAUGGACUACAACAUCUGGUUAAGAAGGUUGAAGAGAAAUAUUCACGAUGAAGACCCAGGGAAGGAAAUUGAUACGUCAGGCUAGGUCUCUUUUGCUAGCUAUGUUGUAUAAAAUUGCUACUCUAUCUCCUGACAUCAUCUCUUCCCAAUUGUGAUUAUGCAUUUUUGGUUGGAGAAGACUGGAUGCUGCAGGUUAGUUGAUGGCUUAAUUACAUUCCCAAGGUUCAAAGUUUUGGACUCAAAGGUGGCUAUUACGAAGGAAUGUUCCCAUCAGCUAGCCAUCUUUCGUUCGUUUUUUAGCCUGGGCCCUCUUCAGAUGUGAUGUUUUCUUUUAGUAUGUUGAAUUGAUUAACAUCUUAGCGUAGUCACAGUAUACCAAUUGACUGGAAUAUAUAUUGAUAUAUACACCUAACAAGAUUGCACUGCUCUUAACCUCCAUUAGCGUUGGUCAACCAGAGACAAGUGCAGUGACGACAAUAUCGACACUGAUUUAUAACUGCGUGGACCAAGGUAGAUGCCAAAAUGUUUCGAGGUAGUUUCUUAGGUAAAGUAGAAUUUAGUAUUGAAUUUGGUGUGAAGAGUACAUUUGUAUAUGUGUGUCUUUGGCUGUUACUUGGGAUUUGUGAUUAAGUUGAUUGAAGUGUAUUUAUUUGGUAAUUUGGGUCAGUGUCCUUGAAAUAAUCAGAAUUGAGGAAAAGAAGAGUUGGAGGUCUAUGUUGUCGAACAGUAUAACAUUCAAAAGAAACUUGUAAUUUCUCUGUAUGGAUAAAAGCUUUAUUUGUAUUCCUCA